AUGAGUAGGGGAGAAGAUGUUUAUGAAGGUAAGAGGUCAAAUCCGGUCAGAACAGCGGAAGUGCUAAAACAGUUACAGGCAGAACCCCAACACAGAAAUAUUUUGGAAUCGUUUAUAGUUAAAAACGAAGACGUCUUUGCACUGACAGAUAUAGAGUUAGGGAGGACACAAUCUGUGCAGAUGGAACUGGAUACAGGGGAGCAUAAACCCAUUUGUUUAAGACCGUAUAGAACACCGCUCAAAGAUAGAGAAAUAGUGGAAAAAGCUAUACAUGAAAUGCUGCAGGCUGGCAUUAUUGAACGAUCGUUGUCCUCAUGGUCCUCGCCAAUAGUUAUAGUAAAGAAAAAGGACGGCACACACAGAUUCUGCUGCGACUACCGAGCACUAAAUAAAAUAACUAAGAAUAUUUCGUACCCCAUGCCAGUCGUGGAUGAUAUUUUAGGGCUGCUGAACAAGUCGACAUAUUUUACGACCCUAGACGCGAGGUCGGGUUUUUGGAGCAUUCCUAUGUCCGAGGAUGCCAGCGAUAAGAGCACUUUUAGCACUCAUCUGGGAAGUUUCCGCUGGCUCCGAAUGCCAUUUGGUCUACGCAAUAGCCCUCCAGUGUACAUGCGGCUCGUAGAUCAGGUACUUAACGGUCUACAAAAAUUCGCAUUAGCAUACGUCGACGACAUAUUAGUAUUUUCAUCAGGAUCCGUCGAAGACCACUUAGAACAUGUUGAACGGGUGUUUGACAGGCUUAGGGAACACGACGUCAAACUAAAGCUCAACAAAUGCAACUUUCUCAAGACCGAGACCAAGUAUCUUGGCUUCGUAAUUAAUAGACAAGGGAUACAACCCGAUCAAGAAAAAGUGAAAGCAAUACAGGAGUUACCACACCCCACAAACGUAAAGGAAGUACGAGGAUUUAUUGGAAUGUGCGGAUACUACAGACGAUUCAUACCAAAUUUCUCGCAGAUAGCGGAACCGAUGAUUAACCUCACCCAAAAAUACGCUAGAUUUAGGUGGACAGAUGAAUGCCAGGCCGCCUUUGACUUUCUUAAAGAAAGCUUAAAAGUAAUACCCCUUCUAGCUCACCCAGACACAGAUAAGGAGAUGGAAUUACCAAUGAGCAGCCAUAGUCCCACUUGGUUCAAAAGCACCGCAGAAUAUUCUUACCCCCACCCCUCCCCCCCCCCCCCCCCCCCGGAUGGAUUUUCAGAUCGUUUCCUUUCAACAAUAAUUCCCCCAAACAGAUCGUCAAUUAAUAAACGAUAA